AUGUCAUCUCCAGGCAUGGGUACACCCACUGACCCUCUGUUACAGGCCAGUCCUGGAGGGAGGCUUUCCUCAGCUCAGGACGGUCUGUGGAGGUGCUCACUCCCCAAAACAGCCAGUUUCCCCACUUCCACCACGCGCCCGCUCAGCCACCGCGCCAACAACUUCCAAAGACAACCCAAACGGCAGAAGCUCAUACGGCCCUCUCCUCCGCCCCCACCCAACACCCCCUGCCCCCUGGACCAGCUCGACCUCAACGACCUGCCCCCCCGACGCACUUUCCAGGAGCUGCUCUUCAACGGGUGCAUCCUGUUUGGGAUAGAGUUCAGUUAUGCCAUGGAGACAGCCUAUGUCACUCCCGUGCUGCUGCAGAUGGGCUUGCCCGAUCAGUUCUACAGCCUGGUGUGGUUCAUCAGCCCCAUUCUUGGUUUUCUGGUUCAGCCUCUCAUAGGAGCCUGGAGUGAUCGGUGUACAUCUCGUUUUGGGCGAAGAAGACCAUUUAUUUUUGCUCUUGCCAUAGGUGCGCUGGUGGGCCUCACUCUGGUGCUGAAUGGGCGGGACAUUGGGGGUCUUCUGGCUGACACGGCGCUGAACCAUAAAUGGGGGAUCAUUCUGACGGUGUGUGGAGUGGUCCUGAUGGACUUUAGUGCAGACUCGGCAGAUAACCCGAGCCACGCCUACAUGAUGGAUGUGUGCAGCCCAGAAGACCAGGACCGAGGGCUCAAUAUACAUGCACUACUAGCAGGUCUUGGAGGUGGAUUCGGCUACAUUGUGGGCGGCAUCAACUGGGACCAGACACAGUUUGGGAAGUCGAUGGGUGGUCAGCUGCGUGUCAUCUAUCUGUUCACCAGCAUCACCCUUGUGUUUGCUACGACCAUGACCCUAAUCAGCAUACCAGAGCGCCCCCUACCAAAGACCCAUGCCAACAAAACCUCCAGUAAAAACCAUUUAAAAAGCCCCAGCCUUCCUCUACCACUCUCUCCCCCCGUCCCACCUGGAGCCGCCCCUGGAUUUGAAGAAGAGGAAGAAGAUGGCCUAUAUAGCUAUAACUUCUCAAAUUCCCAUAAUUCUGAUCCUUUGGCUCAUAGCUGCAGUGCCAAUGCCCGCCUCUGUGCUGGCCUCACUAGUCCAAUUUCACCUCUGAGUCCGCUCACUCCUAAAUAUGGCAGUUUCAUUAGCAGAGACGGCUCACUAACUGGUAUAAAUGAAUUUGCGUCAUCUUUGGGGACUUCUUACAUAGAUAGAGUGCUAAUAGACUGCUACAUUGGACAGCAGACACCUCAAAAUCCUGAGCCAAACUGCACUACUGUGCCGCUGCCACCAGGGGGCACUCCUCAGCCUGUCCAGUCCACACAGCAGACAGAAGGAGCACCUAUAGGGCAGGGGGCGGAGGACAUUGCACCCGCUGUAGAAGCACAGGAGUCAGAAGGGGUGCAGGGUGAUGGGGGAGCGGUGGUCUCAGAUGGGACAGGACCACCAGGUGGGGUGGGAGGGCAUAGGGGGUCCAUCCUGAAGAGACCCCAAAGCCUGGCUUUGAUAGAGGAGCCAUGUGCCACUCAGACUGUGGGGCUGGAGAACGGGAGGAGGAGGACUGUCACCUUCAGCCAACAGGUUGCCAAUAUUUUGCUGAAUGGAGUGCGUUAUGAAAGUGACCUCAGUGAGAAUGUGGAGACAGGAGAAUCCCAAAUGUCCAUGAAGCUGCUGUGUAUAGCCAUCUACCGAAUGCCUCCUUCUCUACGAAGUUUAUGCACUAAUCAUUUUCUGGGCUGGCUGUCCUUUGAGGGCAUGCUGCUCUUUUACACUGACUUCAUGGGGGAGGUGGUGUUUGAGGGAGACCCUAAAGCCCCUCAUGACUCAGAGGAGUACCAGCGCUACAACGCCGGAGUCAGUAUGGGCUGCUGGGGCAUGUGCAUCUAUGCAUUCAGUGCUGCUUUCUACUCAGCCAUAUUGGAGAAGCUGGAGGAGCGGUUUUCUCUGCGCACUCUGUACUUCUUUGCCUACCUGGCAUUCGGGUUGGGCACGGGCCUGGCCACUCUUUCCAAUAAUCUGUACGUGGUGCUGUCCCUGUGCGUCACCUAUGGAGUGCUCUUCUCCUCUCUAUGCACGCUGCCUUACUCUCUGCUCUGCGAGUACUACCAGAGCCCUCAGUUUUGCGGCUCGUCGGAGGAGGGCACGAGGCGUGGGAUGGGGGUGGACAUCUCGUUGCUGAGCUGUCAGUACUUCCUGGCUCAGAUCCUGGUGUCUGUGGCCAUGGGCCCACUGACCUCACUGGUGGGCGGGGCUCAGGGCGUCAUGUACUUUUCCAGCCUGAUGUCGUUCGUGGGCUGCGUGUACUCCUCCCUCUGCGUGGUGUACCAGCUGCCCCCCCCUGAGGGUGAGCCCCCCGACAGCGAGACCCAGCCACUGUUGGUGCACAUUUAG